GCUUUCUCUUUUGAAAAAUGAUAUGAGCAGCAAGUUCCUACUAAAUGUAUUUGGUAUACUACUACCAGCACAUAAUCAAAUCUUGUUUAAUAUCCACCACACCACUACUACUACUGGCUAAAGUUCACAUUUUUGUCCUCCUCCGAUUCUCUCCCAUGCAUAUACAUCGUACCCUCCCUUCCCCUUGUGUCUCUUCCGUCGCAUUUCCCCCACACUCCAAGAAAGCAAGCAGGCCAAGCACUGCGGCGGCUCACCACCGGCGGCGGCGGCAUGGACGUGGCCAUGGCGCUGGCCACGGUCUUCUUCUGCCUCCUGCUGCUCGCCUCGGCCGCCAUCUCGCUCCUCCUCCUCCGCCUCUGCCUCGCCGCGCUCCGCCGGGCCCCCGCACCCGCCGCGCGCGCCCCCUACGCCGCGGUCGACCCCGAGGCCGCCGCGCGGGCGGCGGCACCGCCAGCAGUGCCGCAGCAGGAGCCGCCCCUUCCGGCGGCGUGGGCGAAGCCCAAGGCGCCGGAGCCCCGGCGGCUGGCGUGGCGGGAGGUGGAGGCGCUGACGGGCGGGUUCGACGAGGCGGCCGUGGUGGGCCGCGGCGGCUCCGGCGGCGCCGUGUACCUGUCCAGGAUCCCCGUGUUGGCCGGCGGGCCCCCGGCCGCCGUGAAGGUGCACCGCUGGUGCGGCGGCGGCGAGCGCCGGCUCGGCGCGUUCCGGCGCGAGCUCGACCUGCUCCGCCGCGUCGGCCGCCACCCGCGCCUCGUCGCCCUCCUCGCCUACUCCGACGACCACGAGGAGGGAGGCGCGCUGGUGCUGGAGUACAUGCCGGGCGGCACGCUGGCGGACCGUCUCCACCACGCCGCCACGCCGCCGCUCACCUGGCGCCACCGCAUGCGGGUCCUCCACGACGUGGCCGCCGCGCUGGAGCACCUCCACGACGCCGUCUCCAUCGUGCACGGCGACGUGUCGGCCUCCAACGUGCUCCUCGACGCCGGCGGCCGCGCGCGGCUCUGCGACCUGGGGUCGGCCUGCGAGGGCACCUUCUCGGCGGCCGUGGCCCCCGCCCGGGGCGCGGCGGCCGUCGGCUCGCCGGGCUACGCCGACCCCUUCUUCCUCCGCACCGGCAUCGUGUCCAAGAAGUCCGACGUGUACGGCUUCGGCGUGCUGCUCCUCGAGGCCCUCACCGGCUCGCCGGCCGCCGGCGCGCCGGGCCCGGACGGCGUCGGCGGCCAGUACCUCGCGGCCAGGGUGCUGCCGCGCGUGAGGGCCGCCGGGGUGGCGGGGCUCGUGGACGGCAGGCUGGGCGACGGCUAUGAUGCUGUGGAGGCCGGCGACGUCGCGCGGAUCGCCGUGGAGUGCGUGGCGCCGCAGCCGGGGCUCCGGCCGACCAUGGCGCAGGUGCGGGCCGCCGUCGCGGAGAAGGCGGCGAGGUCCAUCGCGGCGACGGACGGCGGCGAGAGCGACCUCAAGUUGCUCGACUUGUUCCGCAUGGCCAGCUAGCUGACUGGAGCACUGGACCCCAUUUUUCAGAAGCUCCAUUAGCCUCAUCUUCUUCUACUCCUUCUCCUCGUGUGUGUGUGUGUUUUAGACAUUUAGCGGUAGAAAAUGGAUUGGUUUAGUGUCUAGUGCUAGAACUGAGUGGGAUGUAAAUAUGAUCCGACUUCACUUACUUCCAUAAACGGGUGCAAUAAAAAUCCUGUCCAUGCAACAAUGCAUAGUUUAAACUUUUA